AUGGAUUGCCCAAUGUGGAUCCUGAGCGGCCUUUGUCUGAUUAGCUUGGUCGGUGGCGCAACGGUAAUUGAAUUACUGGGUAGGAUAAAGCUGGAAUCGGACUUUGAGUACGUGCUGCUCAUGAAGAACAGGAACUUUAGUGUGCCAGAUCAAGUUUGGAAUGCAAGUACUAUAGCGAUGGAUAUUAUGGAAACAAUAGAAGUGCCUGUCCUUCAACUGGACGAAAAUGUGAGCUACUUCUUACACAACAGAAUCAGCAGACGUUUGCUGUCCCUGGUCUUCUUAAGUAAUGAAAAUCUGGACGAGCAUGGAGGUCUGCUCAAAGCUCUGGUUGGAAAUCUCAGACAUAUGACGACUUCCAGAGUGAUUUUUCUUAUACAAUCAGAGGCUUCAAGUGAUGUGCUUUAUAUAUUGUUUAGGGAUUGUUGGCGAAAGAAACUAUUGAAUGUUGUGGUUAUAUUCAAGGAUUUUGAGGCAACCUCAACCUUCUACAGCUACUCACAUUUUCCUAUACUACAAAUAGAAGAGCGGGUCUACGAGUCCAGGUUGCCAUCUUCAUUAAUUUUUCCCGAUCGUCUGAAAGAUUUCCAUGGCUACGAGAUGCCCGUGAUUCUUGGAGGAACCGCACCACGUAUGAUUGCCUACCGUAAUAAAAAGGGUAUUAUGGUCUACGAGGGAACAGUGGGUCAUUUCAUGAUGGCCUUUCAACAAAAGUAUAAUGUGAAAUUUGUUCAGCCCUUGGGGAACACAAAUCAAUUGGAAUUUGCGCCCUCGAUGCAAACAGUUGCUGCAGUGCGAAACGAAACAGUGGAGAUUUCCAUAUCCCUGACUUUCCCAACGAUUCCUCCAUAUGGUUUCAGUUACCCUUAUGAGCAGAUGAACUGGUGUGUAAUGCUGCCCGUGGAGGCGGAUGUACCACCUUUCGAGUAUUAUACCAGGGUUUUUGAGCUGGCUGCCUUUCUGCUGACUUUAGGAGCCCUUGUGAUAAUAUCCUUACUCCUGACCAGUGCUUUGCGUCUCCAUGGAUACACGACUAGGAUCAGUGAGUUUCUGCUCCACGACAGCUGCUUAAGAGGAGUGCUGGGUCAGUCUUUUGUGGAAGUUUUUCGAGCUCCCGCCCUUGUGCGGGGUAUUUAUCUGGAGAUCUGUGUGCUGGGCAUCCUAAUCACCGCCUGGUACAACUCAUAUUUCUCCAGCUACGUUACCACUGCUCCAAAACAGCCUGCCUUCAGAAGUUACGAUGAUAUCUUAGCCUCUAAAGUCAAAGUGGUGGCCUGGAAGCCGGAGUAUGCGGAGCUGUUUGGCCGUCUUUUGGAGUUCAGGAAGUACGAACCCAUGUUCUUAGUAGAACCCGACUUUAAUCGAUAUCUUGCUCUUCGGGACUCGAUGGACACGCGAUACGGUUACAUGAUCGCCACUAAUAGGUGGGUUUUGAUCAACGAGCAGCAAAAGGUAUUUUCACGACCUCUCUUUCAAAAGCGUGAUGACUUUUGCUUUUUCAACAACAUACCUUUCGGAUUUCCUCUGCACGAGAACUCUGUUUUUAUGGAACCCGUGCUUAAGUUGAUCAUGGAGUUGGCCGAAACAGGACUAACUUUUCACUGGAUUACCACAGGUUUCACAGAACUUAUAGAGGCGGGUGAAAUGCAUUUUGUGGACCUAAGUCCUCAUCGGGAGUUUAGGGCCAUGCAGAUCCAGGAUCUGCAAUAUGUAUGGUAUGGAUUUUCCUUCAUGGUAGUAUUCUCCUCCCUGGUUUGGCUACUAGAAAUCCUAGCCUACAGACUUAAAACUAAGCCCUUUUUCGCACGACGGUUAUUUUUUCGAGACCAAAAAUAA